GCAUUACCGCCUUCUACUGGCCAAGGAGACUUUAUGUUUUAUCUUGUAGAAGCGUCCUCUAAAAAUGCAAACCGCAUUUGUUAGAUAUUUUUGACAACAUAUACAUCAUUAAAUGUUUUCUACUACACCGAAUAAAAUUUAAGUAGAGAAGCGUUUUGCCUUUCUUGAGCCUCGUGGCAAACCUUAGUAAUAACAACGAGGAGAGGCGUGUCCGCACCGUGGAGGAGUCUGUCGACGUUUCUUACAUCUGUUGUAAAAAUCCUAUUGUGUCUGUAUUUUUUUUAAAUAGGCGAUGUGACGUGGUCUUCACUUUUUAAAACAAACUUCAGGUGUUAUAAAACUGUUACGUACGAUGUUUGGACUUUGCUGACCGUCGUGAAGCUGUAGUGCUGCUGUCUUACAUGACACAUUACCUGCGUCCAAAAUGCGUUUCAAUGAAAAAGAGCUUAUUUCCUUGAGUCGCCAACCCUCUGAAAAGGCAGCUGAGUUGGGAAUGCGAGGACCGAAGAAAGGAGACGUUUUAAAAAAGAGACUGGUGAAACUUGUCGUUAAUUUUCUCUUCUACUUUCGGACGGAUGAGGAGGAGCCAAUAGGAGCGUUACUUUUGGAACAAUGCAGAGUGGAGCGGGAGGACAGUUUGACCUUCUCUAUCAUUUUUCUCGAUGAAGCGGAGAGAAAGUAUCAAUUUGAGUGUGAUUCAGAGGAGCAAUGUGGAGAGUGGAUCGACUCCAUCAUCAAGGCCAGUUAUGAGUUCAUGAGAAAGAACCUCAUAUUUUAUAGAACUGAAAUCCACAAGCUUACGGGCAAGGACCCAUUGGAACAGUAUGGCAUAUCAGAUGAAACUCGCUUUCAAGUGAGUAAUGGCCUCCAGCUUAAGGCUAGAGAAACAUCCUCUCUGUAGACUGUGUAUUAUGUCCUAUUUUAGCCAUUGUAGCAGUCAAUUAUUGCUGAAAAAAUGCAUUUCUUUGUCAGUCUUCUGAAUGUAAAGUGGAUUGUAGUUCAGUUGAGUGAUAUAAGUAUGUUAAUAUUUGGCUGAAAAAAUCCAUGUUUUAUUUUCAAAUUAUUUGUCACCUUUCUUAUAAAUCUGUGACAUCUUUUUGUAUACAACUUCUGUUUUUACAACUUUUUAACAUUUCCCCUAAAUGUGAGGAUGUCGUAUGUGCUACUUGACCUUCAAUGUUCUUUUAAAAUAACUUCAAAUUUGAGUUGAGCCACAUAGUGUAAAUGUAUUAUCACUUUCUAUAGAUAGACUUAAUAUAUUUUGUAUUUAUCAUGAAAGUCAAACUCUUUUUGAUUAGCAUUAGCACAAUUUAUAUUUCAGUCUGUUCCUUUACCCAGAUUAAAGGUCUUGCUAUGUUGCUUUUUAAGCAAAAACAUGCAACUGAAUGUUUUCAUUUUGAAACCUGUUCUUAAGCAUGCAUUUUAUUUUAAAUAUGGUUUGAUUCACUGGAACCUUGCUAUUUUUUGUUUUUAGAAAUAAAAUAUUUGGACAAAUUCU